AUGAAUGAUAGUGAUAAUUUUGCUGGUAGUGAGAAGGCAAAUAAAAACUGUGCAUAUGGAAGUGAAAGUGGGUCAGAUGACACCAACAGAAACUGCUUAUUUAUUCCAGCAGGCAAUGGUCUGGCAGCUCUACAAAUUCCGUCAAAGGGUUCGUCUCAAACUGCAGGGAAAAUUCAUCAGCUGCUGGGCUCCAAUUGGCCACAGUUGGUGACACUCCAAGGAUUUAUGAAGGCUACUAUAAGCCAAUGA